CUCCCGAACUGGCUUCAGUCUCGUAUCGCCCGUUCGUUAGUCCGAUAGCAGUCUGUCUCGCGUAGCUAAACCCCGCGCAAUGAGCUCCUGGAGUCGCCCUACGGAAAUCGAAUGGCCUCGCGUUUGGUUGCGCUUCCAGGCGCGCGAUUUGAACAGUGACCGCCUGGUCGAGUACCGAGUGCAGGACCUGCCGGAGGAUCGCGUCCGGGAUGCAAUCGAGCACAUGAAGACGCACUUCCUGCACGAUGAACCGAUGUGCGGAAGCGUGGGACUGUACAAGGAUCCGGACGCGCUGGAGGAGUUCGACCAGAUGUGGCAAGAUAUCGCGCGGAAGCGUGUUGCCAUCGUGUGUUUCCGGGAAGGGUCGGACGAAAUUGUCGGGCUCAACAUGCUGACGGUGGUGUCGAAGGGCGAUUCCAAGGAGUUGAAGUUUAAAAGCGCCGGACUGCAAACGGUGUGCGACUCCUACGUCGGUCUGCUGAAGCAGGCCAACAUUUUCGAGAAGUACGGCAUCGAGCACUACCUGUCGGCGUGGGGCCUCUCCGUAUCGCCAAAGUAUCGAGGCCGUGGCGUCGGAACGGAACUCCUCCGGGCGCGGAUUCCGAUGUGCCGUGCCCUAGGCCUAACGGUGACCGUUACGCUGUUCUCCAAUCCCGGAUCGCAAAUUCCCGCCUCCAAAGUUGGAUUCUACGACGAGAUCGUGGUGACUUAUAAACAGCUGGAGGAGCAAGGUUACCUGUUCCCGGGAGUGCCGUACGAAUUGAACAAACUCAUGACGAUGAUUGUUGAAUAAAUUGUUGAUUCAG